AUGGGCUCUGAAAGUUUGAGGAAAGGGAAAUCUCCAUUUGUGGAACAGCAUUCCUGUUCUUGUUCUUAUUGGCGAUCAUUCGUUAUUGCUAGGGAAGAAAAUAAGAUGACAUACAAUACUAUGCUUGCGAGAAGUUUCAGUUGGCAUGAGCAGAGAAAAUUAGGAUCUUGGGCUUUUGUUGGUUCCUUGGUCAUUGCUGUGACAAUUUUCACUGUUUUCAAACCUUACAUGUCCAGCAAUCCACCAGUCUUGAAUUUGCAUUUGCAGUUGUCAACAGGAGCUAGCCUCAACAUGCUGAUGAGAAGCAAGGAAGCAGCAGUUGAACCACGGCAAUCAUAUUUUGACACAAAGGAAGUGAAGCCAAUGUGCAACCUUACACGACCAAGAUCAGAUUUUUGUGAGAUGAAUGGGGACAUACGAAUUCAUGGUAACUCAUCAAAAAUUUUCAUUGCUUCAACACCGACUCAAAUGCCAGUUGGCAAAGAGAUUUGGAACAUAAAGCCUUAUGCCAGAAAAGAAGAUGGCAUUGCAAUGGGACGAGUCAGGAGAAUAACAAUUCAACCAGCACAGGUUUUAGAGGGCCUUCCUAAUUGCAGUAGAAACUACAACAUUCCCGCGGUUGUUUUCUCCACGGGAGGAUAUGCAGGAAACGCAUUCCAUGACUUCUCUGAUGUGUUGAUUCCACUAUAUUUGACAUCUAUUGAAUUCAAUGGUGAAGUACAAUUUCUUAUAACCGAUCAUCACUCCUGGUGGACAGACAAGUACCAACCCCUGCUGCAAAAGUUAUCCAAGUACGAUUUCAUCGAUAUUGAUCAAGAGAGUCGAGUGCUCUGCUUCCCCAGAGUCAUUGUUGGUCUAAAAGCCACCAACAAAGAACUUGGGAUCGAUUCGUCGGAGUCUUCAUAUUCGAUGAUGGGCUUCAGGCAAAUCUUAAGAAGUGCUUAUUCUUUGAAGAGGGAAAGAGUGGAAAAGUUUAGAAAUGACAAGAAACUGGGCAAAAGACCACGACUUCUUGUAAUUUCAAGAAGCCAAACAAGGCGGCUGAUCAACACAAGACAAAUUGCAAAAAUGGCUCGAACAAUAGGCUUUAAUGUUGUCAUUAAGGAAACAGGUUCGAAUGUAUCAUUAGUUUCGGAGAUGGUCAACUCCGUUGAUGUUAUGGUAGGAGUACAUGGGGCUGGACUCACUAACAUGGUUUUCCUCCCAGAAAAAGCAGUGGUCAUCCAAAUUAUACCGCUGGGAGAUAUGGAAUGGAUAGCUAGGACAUUCUACCAAGAGCCUGAAAGAGAUAUGAACCUGCGGUAUUUGGAGUACAAGAUUAGUCCAAAUGAAAGCUCAUUAAUACAACAGUAUCCUCACGACCAUGAGAUUUUUAAGGAUCCAGGUGCAAUUUCUAAGAUAGGAUGGCGUUCUUUCAGAUCAGUUUUUCUAGAUAAACAAGAUGUAGAUCUUGAUUUAAACAGGUUUAAGGAAGUUUUGCUAAGAGCCCUUGAGUUUUUGCAUGGUUAA